AUGAAUCCAUUCAUCAGAAGGUCGACUGCGGCUUGGUACUCGGUCGGUCUCGCAUCUGAGCUGCCAAACCUUGACGAUGAUGGCCAGAGAGUCGCUCCAAAAUGCAAGGCCUUCGCCAUACCGACCAACGGCCCGGUGGAACGUGUUGAAGAUAUUGACCUACCGGGCGAACUGAAGGACCAAGUGUUGGUAUUCAAGUAUAAAGGGAAAUACCAUGCUAUCGACCAUCAAUGCCCACACUCGUCCUACCCACUCUCGCAGGGGAGUCUCUUUGACAUUGAGGACUUUGGCAUUGUUCUUAGUGCUGGAAUAACAUGUCCCAAGCAUGACUGGUCCUUUGACAUCUUCUCUGGCCAAGCAGACCGCGGCAAAUAUAAACUCAAGGUGUGGGAGGUACAACUACGUGACGCGAAAACAUCCGACACGGAUGACCAGGAGGUGUGGGUGAGGCGCAAGCAAAGGAUUGGUUGA